AUGUCCGCUGCCAAGUCGCGGCAAUACUCCACCCUCCACGCGCAACUCGCCCAGCUCAACUCCAACCUUGCGGAUACGGAGAACUUGCUCCGCAUGACCGCUGUACAGGCGGGCGAUAUGCGCUUCCUGGGUGGAUAUAUUGGGGCUAUGUUCAUGGGGUCGGCCAAGGUUUUGGGCGAUGAAGGGGUUAAGGGGAAUGCGGAUAAGGUUGUGAAGAAGGAGGACGAGGAGGAUUGA